GAAUGCAGUUCAAAGUGAAAUUGCAUUAGUUUUUAAUUUAGUCUCUUCUGAAACGCCCAGAGGAGCACGCACAAACCGUUUCGAACGCCAAACAUGUCGAAUAUCAUCGAUGGUAUUUACGGUUUCCUAACCGCACCAGGCGAUUUGUACGGUAAUCGCUUUCUACCCUUCCGUGGCGCUUUACUGCCCUACCUUCUGACCAACAUAGCCUACGUGCUGUUUGUUUUCAAGAUCGGACCAUGGUUUAUGAAAAAUCGGCUGCCUUAUGAUUUAAAGCCAGUGCUGCGUUACUAUAAUAUCGGACAAAUCGUCUACAAUGCCAUUGUCUCAGCCAUGUCCUUCUACUUGUAUGUGAUCAAACGUCCCAUGUCCAUUACUUGCAUGACCAUACUGCCCAUCGAUCAUCCGCUAAAAAAUAUUGAAGGUCUUACCAGCGCCCUCUAUGUAAUCAAUAAAUUUAUCGAUUACUUUGACACCGUUUUCUUUGUGCUGCGCAAGAGUUACAAACAGAUAACGUUCCUACACGUUUAUCAUCACAUCAUGAUGACAUCGCUGAGUUUGCUGUAUGUGAAGUAUUCGGGUGGCGGUGGUCAUGCGUCUAUGAUUGGUAUUUUGAACACGCUCGUGCAUGUCUUCAUGUACGCUUAUUAUCUGAUGAGUGCGACUCGACCGGAAAUGAAGAACUCACUGUGGUGGAAGAAGUAUGUGACCAGUCUGCAGCUCGUACAGUUCGUACUGAUUUUGGUGCAUCAAAUGUGGCCUUUGGUGAUUCAACGGGAUUGCGAGUAUCCGAAGUUGCUUUGUUUGUGCUCGUGUGUUCAAGCUCUGCUGAUGCUUUACCUCUUCGGUAGUUUCUACAUUAAAACAUAUAUACGAAAUCCGAAAAAGAAAUCUACGCCGCCAGUUGUGGCACAGGAAGCGAAAACACGAUAAAUUUGUGGCACAAAUAAAAUCGAUUUUUUAUUUAAUAAUUAAAAUUUUGUUGCUGUUAUGAAGUAUAUAAAGGCAAAUUAUAGAUUUAAAGUGAAUUAUUGUAAA